AUGGCUAAUACUCCUCGCGAUCCUCUUACAAGUCUCCGCCGCUCCAUCGCCUCUAACAAUCCCCCAAUCCCUACAACAUCUCCAGAUGCAGCAAGCUCGGAGAGCGUAACCCACAACCUUGGAGUAGCGACACAUCUCCAUUUCACCGGUCCAGAACCCCACUCGUUCUCUCUGGACACGCCGACAAGGUUCAUUUCCUCAGACAAUCCGGUCGAUCUUAGAAGCAUAUAUUUCGCCUGGCAACAGAAAGAUGUGAACAUCCCAGUCUACAUUGCCUCAGCGCAAAAGCUCAGUGAUGAACUUGGGUCAACAGGUAGGGCAGGUAGCAAAGUUCAAAAUCUGGUGUUUGCGGAGAGGCUAGAUCUGAUCACCUGGCUGGAGGGGGCUUCCGAUGAAAGCGAAUAUAUCAAGGGGUUGGAAUCGGACAGCUCUGCCGCAAAAUCUGCACAAGUAGCAUCUGGGGCACUUGGAGGAGUAUCCACUGUACCUAGUGGUGCUGCUGGCGCACGGUCUGGUAAGCAGAUUGACCCUAGGUUACAGGAGAUUUACAACCUAGAGAGAAAGAUGGGGGACAGGAACAGCAUUUUACGGGGCAUUAAGCCUACCGACUUUUCCCAUAUACGCAAACACUCCGAACAGUUUUUCAAAGAUCGAAAGAAGCCAGCUGCCGCCGCUCCUGCGACCGCCACUACUACAUCCCUUGCCUCCAGAGACAAGAAGCCUGGCCGUCGACCUGAUCCCAUCAUCCUACUCUCACCCUCAGCUUCCUCCCUACUGCGCAUGAGCAACAUCAAAUCCUUUCUUGAAUCAGGCACAUACAUUCCACCAGACUCGAACCUUGCUGGCUCCUCAGCUACUGCCAACAUCUUACAUGUCUCGCGCCUGCUCCCUUCGAUAGACAAUCAACGAGCUUUUCGCUUCAUUCUUGUCGAUACCCCAGAACAGUUCAAGCCAGACUAUUGGAAUCGCGUCGUUGCAGUCUUCACUACUGGACAGACAUGGCAAUUCAAGAGUUAUAAAUGGCAAAAUGCGCCAGAUUUAUUCAAAAACGCGCUUGGAAUCUAUGUAGGGUGGAGAGGUGAAGAUGUUCCGGGGACUGUCAAGGGCUGGGGAAGAGGCGUAACUAGCGCGCAAGUUGAGAAGUGGAACCCGCAGCAAGGUGUCAGUGGGAGGUGGCGGGAUAGAGAGGUUGUGGAGGGGAUAUGGGAUCGGGUAGAGGACAGCAUGAGGAGUAGAGGAUGGAGCAAGGAUGGAGGACCUGUGGAGAAAUAG